AUGUACGAUGUAGUGAUUGUUGGUGCUGGCAUUGCUGGCCUCGGUGCUGUUCAGGUAAUCACCAGGGAUUCUCACAGUGUUAUUAUCUUUGAAGCUCGGUCCCGCUCCGGUAGACGUAUUCAUUCUGUUCGAAUUCCAUCUACGUCUGUUGACUUCCCGGCCUCUCCUGCUUCCUCAUCCGUAAAUCAUGAUAACCUCAGUGUUUUUCACACCGUUUGGAACUCCCAGCGCACAAGCAUUCCAGACGGCUCAUCUAACUUUCAGCUUCCACCGGAGCAACCUACACAUUCCGCUCCUCGAGUAUUUGAAACAAGUGGCGAUUGUGUGUCUCCCGCGUCUUUCACGGAUCACAUGGGACCGGUCGACGUUGAUCUCGGUGCGAACUACCUCAUCGGAUGCUCUAAUCGGCAAACAGAUCAGCCCUUGUUUCAUAUGGCUAGGAUGUUGAGAGUGCCCACUGCCACAUUUGUGGGUGACCUGUGCAAAAAUUGUCGUGGUUGCGAGUGUGCUGAGUUCUCCACACUCAGGGCCAUCGGAAAUCCGGUGCCCCAAUCAUCCCCCUGGUACCGUUGUCGAGGUGGUUUUUCUGUUCAACAAAGUCAUCCACUUGACGGUAUAUAA